GAAUUUGUAUGACAACUUCUUGGAAUCAUCCUAGUCAAAUUUCAAAACAAGAAGAAAAAAGAUUAAAAUCUAUAAUCACACUCCCAUUUAUUUCUUAUCUAUUCUAAUAAUUAUCUCAAUUUCAUUCCAAUCAAUCAUGGCUGUUAAAGAUCCCGACAGGUUGAAGGAGUUUGAAGCUGGAUUGAAAGUCAUACAAGAGGCAGUUGACCAAGUCAACGCCAUUGCAGAAGGAACUUCUAGUUCGUCUUUAUCAUCAGCAGAUUAUAUGCGUUACUACACAGUAGUUUUUGAUCUUAGUGCAUCACAUCCAUUGGGGGACUUCACCAAGGAACUUUAUGACAAAUACAAGCAGAUUUUUGAAGAUCAUAUCACUCUUAAGGUGUUGCCUUGUUUAAGAGAGAAAAACGACCAAGAACUGUUGCAAGAAUUAGUGAGAAAAUGGGGAAAUUAUAAGAUUAUAACACGAUGGCUUUCAAAAUUCUUCUGGUUUCUUGGUAGAUACUAUAUUCCUACUCGAAAACUUCCUUCACUUCAAGAAACCAGCUUCAUAGCUUUUCAUAAUUUGGUAUAUGGUGAGGUGAAUAGCCAAAUAAGAAAUGCUGCUAUUUCUAUGAUCAAUAUGGGACGAGAAGGAGAAGAAAUUGAUGAGGUUUUGUUGAAGAAUAUUUUAGCUAUCUAUAUAGAGAUGGGAAUUGAUUCAAACAAAUAUUAUGAGCAAGAUUUUGAAGAAGCAAUGCUUAAGGACUCUGCUGCAUUUUAUUCAAGAAAAUCGUCUAAUUGGAAACAAAAUAAGUCUCAUGAUGAUUACUUGAUUAUGGUUGAAGAUUGCAUUAAGCAUGAGACUGAAACAGUUUCAAGUUACCUACAGAGCAUAACCCAAGAGAAGCUGCUGCAGCAGGUUGUUCGAUACGAAUUGCUUAAUACAGAACUCGAAGGAUUAAAGCCUCUUGAUCGUGAUCUACAGUCAAGCUAGCUGUGGCCUGUGAAUGUUGUAAUACUAUACUAAGUUGCUCUCUGAUUUUUAGCUACCAUACCAAAAAAACAACAAAUAAAAAUAAAGUUAUGUAAUGGUAUUUUUUUAGCUCAUUUUCAAUGGUAAUAAUAUGGA